AUGUCUGGUAUUGCUGCUCCUUUGGCUUUAAUAAAGUAUUUGAAUGAUAUUAAACUAGUCAGUGAUAUUGUUGUUGAUAAAUUGAAUGAUUUAACUAUUCAACACAAAUUGAUGGAUGAUGAUCCAUACCAAUUGAAUUUUAGUCAAGCAUAUAUUAGAAGUGUAUUACCUCCUGAAUUAUGGAAGAGAAUCGAGAAUGUAGCAUUUGAACCAAAUCCAGCUGAUUUUGAAAGAAGAGGAUUGCAUCAAUAUUUAUAUAAACAACCUCAUUUUAAUAAAAUAGAAAGUGGGAAAGAGAAUUAUGAAAUGAUGAAGAAUGUUCAUAAACAAUUAAAACAUUGGGGAACAAGUGAUAAACGUACUGAUUAUGAAAAAGUAUUACUUAGAGUAUCUCCUGAUGAUGAUAAAAUUAAUCAUUUUAAAACAAUAAAUGGAAAAAUUAAAUUUUAUAAUAAAUAA